AUGUUCAAACGUUCUUUUACUGCAAAGAAUCGAGUGGGCAAGGCUGUGAAGCCUGCCAAGAGGACCUAUCGUGACAAGGCCAAGGAGAAGCUGGAGGAGUCCUUGGACAGUCCACCUGUGGGGAGCUCCAUCACAAGCCCCAUCGUGACCAUUGUUGUUGGCCAUGAGCGGCGCCUGUUUGCUGCCCACGAGGAUGUUCUUUCUCGGUCUACCUAUUUCGAAGCUGUGUUGAAGGACCAGUUCCUGGAACCCAAUGGAAAGAAGGUGGACCUUCCUGACGAAGAACCAGAGAUAUUAUCCUGCAUUCUCGAGUUUCUAUACAAGGGUGACUAUUUCCCGCGUUUGCUUCACCACAAACGCCGUCACACUUGGGAACUCGAGGAUGCCCAGGACGUUUACAAAACCGGUGGCCGAGGAUCCAGCAUGGCUACUAUGUUUCAUUCCGGGGCGGAUGCCGAGCUCCUGCGGGAUACCGUCGUCUACUGUGCUGCAGAUAAGUACGGUCUUGAUGAGCUAAAGCAUCUUGCUCUUAGGAAACAGGGCCUUCAGAGUGGCAUCCCCGUCGAUAUCAUUCUGAGGUCUGCCCGGUUUGCGUACGAGCAUACACCGGAUACCGAAUCGCGACUCCGUGCGCAUUAUCUAGCACUGAUCAUUCGAAGCCGCAAAACAUUCAAGAGAAGCGGGACUAUGCAGAUGGAGAUGGAAAUUGGAGGUAAAUUGUUUUUUGAUCUGUUUGUGGCCAUGAGCAAUCACAUCGAUGACAUCGUGGAGAUUGGUAAUAGCCGAUCACCCAAGUUCAUCUAA